UUCCCUAAGGGAGGGGUGGGAGCUUGAGAAGCUGGAGGAAGAGGUCCUGCAGUCGAAACAGGACCCUCCAGAUAACCCCAUCAGCAGAUACCCGAGAAAGGUGGGGCGGCUGCCCUGCUAUCUCAGGUGCGAACCAGCAGGACUGGGGUCCUGGCCUGUCUAGGAAGAGGCCCACCGGGGUUGCAGUAGGAAAGGUAUGGGUAGGGUAGCAAUGGGAAUGGAGCACCUCUGUCGACACCCCUCCCAAAGUUUAUGACAUUUUUUUUCUGGGAUUGUCACAUUUUUAACUUCUUUUUUUGGACUGGGCAGACUCCAGGACGUUCUUUUUCCUUCUGUGGAGCAAAACAGCAGCCACUCCCCAGGGAGCCUCAGUCCCCAGAGAUCAGACUUGCUGCCUGUCUGGCCUUCCAGCCUGAGGACCAAAGCAGGCCGGGCUGGGGAAUGGGAGGAGCCUACAUCGAGGGUCUGAUUCAGACCCUGUGCCUUCCGAAUGGAGGCAGCACAGGCCAUCCUGGGGACACCGGUGGCCUCUCUACCCUGAGAAGGUGCAAUGAGCAAGGUCCAGGGCCUACAGCUGGAAGGAAGGGAAUGCUUCCCAUCUUGUUACCAACUGGGCACCUCACAGAACCCCACGCCAUCUCUGUCUCCAGUGCAGAAUCGGUUGGAGAUGGAGGUGGGGGUGUGGAGGAGGAGGACAGGCUACCCCCAAGCUGUGGUAAGGGUCCUGGAGCUGGUACCACGGAACCUGGGCAGCCCCUUCCACCCACCCAUGCCCACCCCAAAUGAGGCUGAGAAGCAGCACACAGGGCCAGAAGAGGCGGACAGGCCCCCCUCAAUGUCCAGCCAUGAUGUGGCCCCCCGGGCGGCCCCCAGCCGCAACCCCUGCUGCUUGUGCUGGUGCUGCUGUUGCAGCUGCUCCUGGAAUCAAGAGCGGCGACGUACAUGGCAGGCCUCCCGUGAGAGCAAGCUGCAGCCCCUCUCCAGUUGUGCAGCUUGUGCCCCACCAAGCCCUGAAGAGGUACAGAGCUGGGCGCAGUCCUUCGACAAGCUGAUGCACAGCCCUGCGGGCCGCAGCGUGUUCCGAGCAUUCCUGCGCACAGAGUACAGUGAGGAGAACAUGCUCUUCUGGCUGGCCUGUGAGGAGCUGAAGACUGAAGCCAACCAGCACGUGGUGGAUGAGAAGGCGCGACUCAUCUACGAGGACUAUGUGUCCAUCCUCUCCCCCAAGGAGGUGAGCCUGGACUCCCGAGUGCGGGAGGGCAUUAACAGGAAGAUGCAGGAGCCAUCAGCACACACAUUUGAUGAUGCGCAGCUGCAGAUCUACACCCUUAUGCACCGGGACUCCUACCCUCGCUUCCUCAGCUCCCCCACGUACCGUGCCCUCCUACUCCCACAGCCCCCACAGUCCUCUGAGGCCUAAGCCACUGCUCAUAGGCAGAGUCCAGGUUCACACCAUGGCUCCACCUGGCUGGAUAGGGGUCGUAAACCCUGGAACCAGACCCAGUUCCAGCGGGAAAUACCACACCCUUUGGCCCUGUCUUCCCUGGUCCAACAGGAGUUCCAGCUACAAGGUGGGGUGGAAGUGAGGCUGCCAGCCUAGUGCUCCUAACAGCCCUAGGGUGUACAUUAGGCUCACAGCCUCAGUGAGGCCCCCUUCGGGCAGCUGUGUACCCAGAACAUUCCUCUAGGGGAGAAGAGAGCCUCUACACCAUCUGCUUCAUAGCAGGACAUACUUCUGCUUGAGCUAUCUGCACCUCAGAACCAGACGUGGAACCUCAAAAUGAGGCUCAAGGGACAAGACCUGAUUAUAUUUUAUAUGUUCAUGAACAUUAACCUGAGAACAUAUCCUUACUGUGUUUUAUCCAAAAAAGGCAGGGGGAGAGAAAAAUUCUUUCUCUGCUCCUUAAAAACAAA